AAUUAGUUAUCUGACUAGUCUGGCUUGGGGUGGACCAGUUUUCUGUUCUUAAUUUUUGUUACUUUACUUGGACACACCUUUUCAUGCAAGUUGCACGAUUGAACAGCUCCAUUUGAAUUAAUUUGUUCAGCCCCUCCUCUAAGAGACAUAUCCUGCAUUAAGAUGAUUUUUCUGUAAAUGAGGGAGUAAAAGAGGAAAUGUCUCACAGCCUGCUAGAAAUUCAAAGUGUAAGUGAAUGCGUCCUGAUCCUAUUCCCUUGUAGCUAUGAGAGAGAUUUAUAAUUCAUACAUAAAGAUGACAUGAUUAUUGUUGCAGUCUUAAUCCAAAUUGCAAUAGGUUUUGCUCUAAACUUGUUACGUCAGCGUCUCUCGACUCCCCUCUCUCUUGUUGCAGACAAAUCCGCUGGAAGCCUCUUUCUGCUCGGAGACCCGCCGCGUCCAGCAAUGCCAAAACUAAUAUUUCCCUUGUCAACUCAGUGAAGCCAAGUGACAGUGGCAUCGCGCUAAAACUGCAGGGUGAACUGGGCUUUAGGGUUACAACGUGUCUCUCUCUCUGUCCCUCUCUCUCCCCCCUCUCUUUCUCUUCUCUUAAUCCUUGAAUUGAGUGUCACCGGUUUGAUCUACUCUGUUUUUGUCGUGGCUUAUAGCGCUCCCACCACCUUCCACCAUUACGUCCCAAAGAAAGGCUGACUUUUUAGCGCUUGUUUCUCGGACUCUCCAGAGAAAGAGAAUCGUCGCCGCUGUGGUUGGCAUCGUCAUGGUUUUGGCUCUCAUCAUUGCGAUUCCCCUACUGGUCCAGACGUCCAAAAUUAAUGCGCACUACGAGAUGAUGGGCACCUGUCGGAUGAUCUGUGACCCGUACAAUCCCAAACCAAGUGCUACGGCUUUGGAGGUCAUGCAGGACUUGAGCGCUAUCCCUUCUCCGACUCUUGUCCAAGGGACUAAAGGCGAGCCGGGACGGCCAGGGAAACCCGGGCCGAGGGGGCCACCCGGGGAACCGGGGCCACCGGGUCCGCGAGGGCCGCCGGGGGAUAAAGGUGAUUCUGGAAAGACGGGUUAUCCAGGAGUAGUGGGCACAGCGCGGACCGAGACCGGCGGAGAGCUGGGAUCUGCCAUCGGUGGGGCAAAGAUAGCAUUUUAUGUGGGUUUGAAAAACCCUCACGAGGGAUAUGAAGUGUUAAGGUUCGACGACGUUGUCACGAACCUGGGAAACCACUACGACCCGACAACCGGGAAGUUCACAUGCCAAGUGUCUGGGAUUUACUACUUCACCUAUCAUGUGCUUAUGCGCGGAGGAGACGGGACAAGUAUGUGGGCAGACCUAUGCAAAAACGGACAGGUCCGAGCCAGCGCCAUUGCGCAGGACGCCGACCAGAAUUACGACUACGCUAGCAACAGUGUCGUCUUGCAUCUGGACUCCGGGGACGAGAUUUAUGUCAAAUUGGACGGCGGCAAGGCGCACGGCGGAAACAACAACAAAUACAGCACGUUUUCCGGUUUCCUUUUGUACCCGGACUAAUAUGGGAUAAUCACCACUCAAUCCCAGAAAUGUUCCGUUUAAUUCAAUCAGCAAAGGUGAUACAGACCGCCAAGAAGAAGAUGCCACCCUGCAACCAAGCACUCUCUCGUAGUCUGUCUUAAUAUCUAAUUUCUCUGAUUACAAUUUUUGCCGGCAGGGCUCACAUAAUUCCACUUAUUUGCACAAUAGUUUUAGCUGCCUUGCUGAUUGUCACUGGCAACAAGCAAAAAAGCAGUUCCUCAAAUGGUUUGUUCUGCUUUGGAUAUAAGUGAAAUUAUUAUAACAAAUUACAGAAAUUACAUAUUAAAAUAAUAACGUCAGAGUUAUUUCACCCCAUUGAGACUCUGUUACAGAUGAACUGCCUUUAUAAGAAUUCAUAGUCUAUAUUUUCAGUGCUGGUGUUGUUGCGUUUUAUGUGCAUUUUGUGGAGUUGAGGUUAUUCAUUGCCCUAUGUAGGGGUGUACUGAAACUGAACUGAAAAGACCUUGAAGACGACUCCUGUAUACAGAGGUCAUUGCUGUGUGAUGUGAUGCAAUUUUUGCUUGAAUGUGUGUCUCAGAAAUAUAUAUAUAUAUAUAUAUAUACACACACACACAUAUAUAUAUGUAUAUAUAUGUGUAUGUGUGUGUGUGUGUGUGUGUGUGUGUGUGUGUAGACACACUACUCAUAUCUUAUGUAUGCACUUACGUAUAUAUUUAGAAAUGGAAAUCAACAAAACCACAUAAGCUGUAGGCUACAAUUAUCUGUUUAUCCAGUGUUGCAAAAAUGUUUCUAUAUGUCUUUGUAUUCCAUUAUAAAUGUUGGUCAGUUAUUUCAAUAA